UUCCGAACUCUUAAAUGGCUCCUGAAAAUGUCACCGGGGUCACUGAGUUUAUUCUCACAGGUGUCUCUGACUCUCCAGAGCUCCAGUUUCCCCUCUUCCUGGUCUUCCUGGUGCUCUAUGUGCUGACCACGGCAGGGAACCUGGGCAUCAUCACCCUCACCAGUGUUGUCUCUCGACUUCAGACCCCCAUGUACUUUUUCCUGCGACAUCUGGCUAUCAUCAAUCUUGGCAACUCUACUGUCAUUGCCCCUAAAAUGCUGAUUAACUUUUUAGUAAAGAAGAAAACUACCUCAUUCUAUGAAUGUGCCACCCAACUGGGAGGGUUCUUGUUCUUUAUUGUAUCGGAGGUAAUGAUGCUGGCUGUGAUGGCCUAUGACCGCUACGUGGCCAUUUGUAACCCUCUGCUCUACAUGGUGGUGGUGUCUCGGCGGCUCUGCCUCCUGCUGGUCUCUCUCACGUACCUCUAUGGCUUUUCUACAGCUAUUGUGGUUUCACCUUGUAUAUUCUCUGUGUCUUAUUGCUCUUCUAAUAUAAUCAAUCAUUUUUACUGUGAUAUUGCACCUUUGUUAGCAUUGUCUUGCUCUGAUACUUACUUACCAGAAACAGUAGUCUUUAUAUCUGCAGGAACAAAUUUGUUUUUUUCCAUGGUUACAGUUCUAGUAUCUUAUUUCAACAUUGUUUUGUCCAUUCUAAGGAUAUGUUCAUCAGAAGGAAGGAAAAAAGCCUUUUCUACCUGUGCUUCGCAUAUGAUGGCAGUCACAGUUUUCUAUGGGACGACGCUAUUCAUGUAUUUGCAGCCCCAAACUAACCACUCAUUAGAUACUGAUAAGAUGGCUUCUGUGUUUUACACAUUGGUGAUUCCCAUGCUGAAUCCCUUGAUCUACAGCCUGAGGAAUAAUGAUGUGAAGGUUGCCUUAAAGAAAUUCAUGAAAAAUCCAUGCUACUCCUUUAAAUCAGUGUAGUUUUAGAACUCUAUAUAUAAAUGAAAAGAUAGUUCAUAUAGCCCGCCAUUAUGUAAGAGAAAGAAAAGUUUUGGUGCCUGCCUUACAAGUUUACAAUCCUAGGAAUUACCAAUAGGUAGGAUUUGAAGAGCAUUGAAUUUAAAUAAAAAAAUUCUGAAACUUUUUGAGUUAUGAAAAUAAUACAAAAUGAAAAUAUUAUUCAUGAACUUUGCUCAGAAAUAAUCAGGUAAUCAGUUUGAAUAAAAUAUUUCCAGGAGUAAGGAAAAAUAUCAAUUUUUAAAAGGGUAAGUUUGAACAGAGCAACAAAAUAUGAAUGAGAGAAUUAACGUCAAUAUUUCCCAUUCUGUGAACUCCUUUUUAUUCCUGGGUAUGGUUGGAUAGUUGAUCACUGCAUCUUGAAAAACCGUAACUACAGAUGAUUAAAAUCCCUUUUACAACUAAGUUGGCAAACUUGGACUGACAAUUAUAUUUAAAAUAAAGCUCCUUAACUCUUUUUAAUUGAAUAAACAAUAUAUACAUACUAACAACUAAUACAUAUUUUAAAUCCUCACCAGGAUAUAAUUGAAAAUAUUUUAUUCCAGGUAAUAUUUAUAUGGUUUUUCAAUAUAAUGCACAGACCACUAUCACUGAAUAUGCUUUUAUACUGAGUUUGAUUUGUAAACAUCAGAUUUCAUAAAGAUUUUCUUUUCUCUCCUCUAUCAUUUUCAUUUAAUAUGUGAAACAAAUGUCCU